CGCAUGCGGUUUCGUAAGGAAAACCCCAGUGAGUCACCGACGUCCGUGCUUCUCGGGUCUGUUCUAAGCUUUCUUGGAGUUCCUAUUUGCUAAGACUCCACGGCAGUAUUCGUUUUGUAUUCUCAGACUCCCUUCUGAAAAGGUGAUGGCGAACCCAAACGAGGACACGCAAUGGAACGACGUGCUGAGGCAGAAAGGCAUCCUCCCGCCCAAGAAGGAAGACACCGAGAAGGUCUUCACCGAAGACGAGAUCGUGAACGUCGUCGAGUCGACGAUUUACGAGAAGCUCAACGGUACCCAGAAAGCUAUUGAGGACCUGAGCUUGGAAGAAUUGGAGGAACUCGAGGAUGAAGAAGACGAACGGGCCCUCUUGCACUACAGGCAGAUGCGGUUGGCGGAGAUCCAGGCGACGCUGCAGAAGUCCCGCUACGGCGACGUGAGGGAGAUCUCCGCCGACGACUAUGUCGAGCAAGUCAACAAAGCCGGGGAAGGCGUCUGGGUCGUGCUGCACCUGUACCAGCCAGGGGUCCCCUACUGUACCCUGAUCAGCCAGCACCUGAGCCAGCUGGCCACCAAGUUCCCCACGACCAAAUUCCUUAAGAGUGUGGCUACCAACUGCAUACCCAACUACCCUGACCGCAACGUGCCCACCAUCUUCGUCUACCGGGACGGCCAGCUCUGCAAGCAGUUCGUGGGACCCGACGUCUUUGGGGGCAUGAAGCUCAAGGUGGACGAGUUGGAGUGGAUGCUGUCCAAAGUCGGCGCAGUGCAGUCAGACCUGGAAGAGGACCCAAGGCCCAAGACAAGAGACGUGCUUCUAGACUCUCUCAAAGCAGACUACGACGAUUUGGCCGACUGGUAGCAUCCGUGUUUGGUGCGGCUUAAAGGUGUCAUCGUGCCCGUGGUGAUGGGUAUUUAUUUGAUAUGGUUGAAAUAAAUUUUAAUAUUCCCCCUGUUGACAAUUGAUAAAACAAAA